UUCUCUAUUUAACGUCUUUUGUUACCGUUGCCAUUGACUUUUUAGAUUCUCAUGGCUAAAAUAGGAUAAAAAAACACUUUUAUUUGGGAAAAGCCAUCUAUUCCGUUACCCAUAAUUUCUCACUCCUUAUUUAAUUUCCUUCAUACUCAUCAUCUUAUCUUGCUUCUAAAAAAAUUAAAUUUUAUUGAUCUCUUUCCUUCAUUGAGUACUUGAUUCAAGGUUGCUUGUCUUGGAUGAUGAUAAAAGGCCAACAUGUGAGAACAACGUGAACCAAACCAAAAGUUGUCAUUUACAAAGAGAAAGAAAGAUGGAGAGUUCAAUGAGACUUGGAUACUUGAUGACUAUCUUUGCUGUGUCAGGAAGCAUGGUCUUUUUGUUUCAUCAAGUCAAUAAGCAUUUGUGCAACAACUUCAUGAAGAAAUUUGAGAUUGAAAUUCGAGGCUCAAUGAAACAUCAAGCAAAAAAGAAGGUGCGGUUUGCAAAAGAUGUGGUAGAAUUUCCAAUGGAGGAGAAGAAUGAUCAUAUAAACGUGGCAAGGACUCAAGAGGUCAUUAAGAAGGUUUUGUUUAUAGAUGAUGUUAAGAAAUGGAAGCAUGAACAAAAAUUGAAAGAUGUCAUGCCUCCUAAUAGGGCAAUUUUGUACAAGGGGAUUAUGAAUGAUAGGAAGGGAAGACUUGGUUUUUAAUAUUUUCCCUCUCUUCCAAUUUUAAUUAGCAGGUUGUGUAUCCACAAAAAGAACAUUAUAUAUGCAAGAAUCCAAGUAUUGUUCAAUGUUUUUAAAUAAUCUCAUAAAUAAGAUUUUCAUUGAGCAGGA